AUGCAUACAUCGCGUUAUAUACGAUUGAAUACGCACACGCCCGCCCACACCGCGCGACGCCCCAUCAUGGGCGCGACCGAGACCUCGGGCGAUCGAUUUAACCUCGUCGCCGCGAGCGAGGCGGCGACGCGAAACGCGCGCCCGAUCGCGCGCGCGAUCGCGCCCUUCGUGCGCGCGCACGCCGCGAGCGCGCGAGGGAUGUUUGAUUUUUAUGAACUCGCGUGCGGUGACGGCGCGCACGCGGCGAUGAUCGCGCGCGAGCUCCAGGGGGCGGUGCGCGCGUACGACCCGAGUGAUUUGACGUCUUCGCGGUUCGACGCGGUGCGAGCGAACGCGCGAGGGGCGGGGGUGGAGGAUGUCGUGCGGGACGCGCGGACGACGGACGCGACGACGAUGGCGGAUGUCGUGGACGCGGAGGCGUACGAUGGAAUCGUGGUGGUGAAUAUGUGUCACAUAUCUUCGCGAAACGCGGUGCUCGGGAUGUUUGCUGGGGCGAAGAAGGCGCUGCGGAGAGGUGGGUUGUUGUUCGCGUACGGGCCGUUUACGCGAGACGGCGGAAAGUUUAGCGGCCCGGGCGACGAGAAGUUUGACGCGAGCUUACGGUCGCGAGAUCCGGUGAAUUUCGGGUUGGUUGACGUGGAAACGUUCAUGGACGUCGAAGCCGCGCGGUGUGGGCUGGUUCCGGACGAGGAACAUCCCGUCGCGAUGCCGGCGAACAAUUUGCUGCUCGUGUAUCGCAAGGCGUGA